CACUGGCCGAUUUCGCCCACUCGAACUUGGUCUUCGCUUCUCUCAUUUCCUCACCAGCAUGACCCAGGACCUGGCACCGCCCAUCCCCCUCCCGCCACUGACGCGUGUCGCAGUCGUUGGCGCUGGCGGGCCCAGCGGCCUCGUAGCCGUGGCUCAGCUCCUCGCGGCGGGAGUCGAGCCGUCACAGAUCCUCGCUUUCGAGAGCCGCGACCGCGCCGGCGGCGUGUGGAACUACGAGGCUGAGCCUGGGGCGCAACACAUCACGUGGCGUGCGGAGGGGCCGCCUAUCGUACGCUCUGACGCCGAGAUGGCGGCGCACGGCGCCAACGGACCUUCUGCAAUGUACGACCGCCUCCGCACCAACCUCCCAAACCAGAUCAUGAACUACCGCUUCGCCCCGUUUCCCAGGGGCACGCCCGUCUUCCCGACACAUCAGCAAGUCGUGGAAUACCUCCAGGACUACAGCAAGCGGCACGGCUUGAACGCCGUCAUUCAGUGGGGCGUGCGCGUUACCGACCUCUACCACACGCCCGGCGGAGGCGACGCGGACAAGUGGACGGUCGAGACGACGGCGGGGCGCGAGACGGUGUCGCACGUCAUCCUCGCAAAUGGGCAUUACAACGAGCCCUACCUUCCACCCAUCCCCGGCCUCGACGCGUUCUCCGGAGAAGUCGUGCACGCUCGCUGGUGGCGUAAUCCACGCCGCUUCCGGGGCCAGGAUAUUGUCGUUGUCGGCUCAAGAGCGUCGGGGAGUGACAUUGCACGCGAGCUCGCACAGGACGACGACGCGGUGGCCGGGGACGCCAAUGGCACAGCAGCGCGCACGAUUUACCAGUCAGUGCGCGGGCACAAGCCCGGCGACAAGGUGUGGGACGAGACGUUGCCAUGGACGCGACACAUCCACGUCGUACCCGAGAUCGUUGCGAUCGAGCCAUCUCCAGAGGGUAGCGUCCUGCUUCUCGCAGACGGCAAGAAGCUCUCUGGCGUCAAGGCGAUCGUGUUCGCGACAGGAUACCUCUUCUCCUACCCGUUUGCGAACAAGGCGCCAUUUGACACGCACCCCCUCACCACUAGCCUCGCACAAGCGCAAGAUGGUCUUCCAUCCGCAGGCGGACAGGAUAUCCGCAACCUCAACAACACCGACACUUUCUACCUCCCUGACCCCACACUGGCGCUCAUCGGCCUGCACUACCAGGUCAACCCCUUCCCGCUUGGUGAAGCAUCGGCCCGGCUGAUCGCUCGUGCUUUCACGCGCGGCCAGGUGCCACCUCUCCCACCACUUAUCCGUGCCUCAGACCGUCCAGGCGAGGUCAAGAUUGGCGCACCGGCAGAAUUUGAUAAUCAGGAUGCCUGGCUACGCGCAAUCGGUGAGGGCGGAGACGAGGGGACGCCAGAAUGUUGGCCCCAUAGCUCGGAGGCGACCCGCCAAGCGCGCAUCAACGCGCUCAGGAUGCGGAAGGAGGAGCUUGGUUAUUAGAUAUAAACUUUUGUUGCGGGGAUGUAUCAGCAGAGGUGCGCAAGAAGCCUCAGCCUAUGAGGAAAGGUCGGAAAA